CCAUGAAGGCGGGGGAAACACCUCGGUAGCCAAUAGACAAGAGGAACGGCGAAGUACUUCCUGAGUUCAGGGGUCAACUGAAAAUGGCGGCCACCGAAAGGGUUUGGUGCUUGUGCGAGUUAUUGAGGUUGAAAAUUUAUAAUUAACACAAUAGCACUCUGAAUGGCAGUGUUGACAUAUUCUCACCAAAAUUCAGGUUUUUUAAUUCAUUAUUCUUACCUGGGCUAAUUGUAUGUGGAACAUUAUGUUUGUGUCUGGUCAUUAUCCUUUGGAGAAUCAGAGUGCUGCUACAGAGAAAGAAAAACUCAGCAUCAGUUGGCAAAAAUGGGAAAAAUAAAAUGGUGAUUGCAUUUUUUCAUCCAUACUGCAAUGCUGGUGGAGGAGGAGAAAGAGUUUUAUGGUGUGCAUUAAGAGCCCUGCAGAAAAAGUAUCCUACAGCAGUUUAUGUUGUUUAUACUGGUGAUGUUAAUGUCAGCAGUCAACAAAUACAAGAAGGUGCUUUCAGAAGAUUUAACAUCAGAUUAAUUCACCCAGUGAAGUUUGUUUUCUUAAGGAAGCGCUACCUUGUAGAAGAUUCACUGUAUCCUCACUUCACACUGCUGGGCCAAAGUCUAGGAUCCAUUUUUCUUGGCUGGGAAGCUCUGAUGCAGUGUGUUCCUGAUAUUUAUAUCGAUUCAAUGGGAUAUGCUUUCACACUUCCUCUGUUUAAGUAUUUAGGCAGCUGCCGAGUUGGAAGCUAUGUUCAUUAUCCAACUAUCAGCACUGACAUGCUUUCUGUAGUGAAGAAUCAAAAUGUCGGAUUUAAUAAUGCAGCCUUCAUUACCAAGAAUCCUUUUCUCAGCAAAGUAAAGCUCAUCUACUACUACUUGUUUGCUUCUAUUUAUGGACUUGUUGGUUCUUGCAGUGAUGUAGUCAUGGUCAAUUCUUCCUGGACACUAAACCAUAUUCUCUCACUGUGGAAGGUUGGGCAUUGCACUAACAUCGUUUAUCCACCUUGUGAUGUGCAGACAUUUCUAGACAUUCCUCUACAUGAGAAAAAGAUGACUCCAAGACACUUACUGGUUUCUGUUGCCCAGUUCAGGCCGGAAAAGAAUCAUGCUUUGCAGAUCAGAGCCUUUGCUAAAUUGCUGAAUAAGAAGGAGACUGAGUCACUUCCUUCACUUAAACUUGUUCUCAUUGGAGGUUGUCGUAACCAAGAUGAUGAACUUAGGGUAAACCAACUGCGAAAGCUUUCUGAGGAUCUAGGAGUUCAAGAAGAUGUGGAAUUUAAAAUAAAUAUUCCGUUUGAUGAGUUAAAGAAUUACUUGUCUGAAGCAACAAUUGGUCUGCAUACCAUGUGGAACGAGCAUUUUGGGAUUGGAGUUGUUGAGUGUAUGGCAGCUGGCACAAUUAUCCUUGCACACAAUUCAGGGGGCCCGAAGCUUGACAUUGUCGUUCCUCACGGAGGAGAGGUAACUGGAUUUCUGGCUGAAAGUGAAGACGGCUAUGCUGAGACUAUGGCUCAUAUUCUUUCCAUGUCUGCAGAAAAGAGACUCCAAAUCAGAAACAGCGCUCGUGCAUCUGUAAGCAGAUUCUCUGAUCAAGAGUUCGAAGUGACAUUCCUGUCAUCUGUGGAGAAAUUAUUUAAAUAAUGCUAUAUCUGUACAAAUUAAAGAUAUUUUACAUAGAAUGGCUCAACACCUUCAUAUGUUAAUAUUUUUCUAAGCUCAUUCCCUGUUGUAAUAAAGUCAGCCUAAGCAAUGCUUUUAGCAUUGUGUGUGUGUGUAAAAGGUAUUUAUUUUAAUGAAAAAAAGGCACAAUUACCUAAACAGAAAAGAUAACCUUAUUUAGUUUAAAUGUAAAAAUUUAGGUUAGUGUUUGGUCUCAAAUUCUGAAAAAUAUGAAUCUGAAAGAAAAAAACGAACAGUCUUAAUUUUAGUAUAGUCCAUAUUUUUCAAAUCCUAUUUGUCAAAUUACUUUAGUUAACCGAGAAAGAAUUUCCUUUUAGAAAAAAGGAAAUGUUGAAAGAAAAAUAGAUGACUGACAAUUGAUUAGACUUUAGAAUUGUUUUGACAUUUUUGAGACACGGAAAAAUUCUGGUACAUUUAAAUUUUCAUUGAUAUUGUAGAUGACCUUUUCGAAUAUAUCCAUUGAUUUUCUUAAAAUCAAAAAGAAACUUUAAGCAGGCUUAAUCAUAUUCUAAAAACAUGUAGUCAAAAGACAAACUGACUGACUGUUCUGUCAGUGUGCAUAGGUCAGUAGAGGCCAAGAUACUACUGGUAAUCUUUUCCAUAACUAGGUCUUUGUGAAAAUAGUUUUUUGUUUAGUGCUGUCAGUACAUUUGUAUGGGCCUCUCAUUAUCCCUUAACAUUUUCACAUCUCAAAGGCUAGAAGUCUUUAAGUCAUUGAGGAGGGCUGAGUAAACAUCACAAUCAGCUGUUUUUCAGAUAGUGAUGAUGUGACAUAGAGAUCCAUGUACGCAGUCUAUAUGAUCAGCAUGCAUUGCAAGAUGACGACGUGGUGAUUUGAAGAGAGCACUGGACUAGCAGUUAGAAUACCUGGGCGUGACCUCAGCUUCAUCAUUUACAAAUGUCUGACAGUUUGACACUAAAGCUUUUCCUUAAUUUUUCUGAGUCUCAGAUUCUUCAUCUAUAAUCUGGACAUGGCAAUGCCUGUCCUCACUGCCUUUUGGAGUUUUCAUACUAACAUGGAAAGUAUGAGAAAGUACUCUGAAAAUUAUAAAAGUUACUUUAAUUAAAGGUUACAAUGUAUAGUAAA